AUGUCCGCCGCAGCAGCGUAUCCUACAUCAGGAAUAGACUGGGAAAAUCAUCGAGAUACUAUUAUCCGCCUGUAUAUUGUCGAAGACAAGCCUCUAAGCGAGGUACGACAAAUCAUGGAGAGCAAAUUUAGUUUCAAGGCAACGACCCGUAUGUACUCCACUAGAUUGCAACGCUGGGGUGCCAUGAAGAACUACAAGGCCAAAGAAAAGAAUAUGAUGGUCAAACAAGUAUGCGAGGCCUUGGCUAAUGGCGAGAAUCUGGACUGUCUGGUUUUCAGAGGUCGCAGCAUCAAGCAUCAUCGUGUCCUUAGGCACUGGCGAACCAAGACACAUCAGGAUAGCUGCGUCUCAAGAUCCAACCGCACACAGCUCGCCCAGACAGCCACUAGCCACCCACGAGAUGCUCUUACUAGUCACUAUAUGCAGGGGCCGUCCAGAGGUAUAGGUGGGGUGUCUUCUGGCGAGAUCAUCCUCCUCUCUACGAAGAUGUUGGCCCAGAACUUCGUAUUAACCUCCGGUUCAAACAGCGAUACUACUGCACAACCUUUCCUUUCCCAGGCCAGCUCUGGUAGUGUGUCAAAUAUACAGACCAACCGCUUCUGGCACGAUUGCGAAACCGCAAUUUAUUUGUUGAGAGUUGGAUCUACAGCUCUGGGAUGGAAGACUCUCCAUACUUGCUGGGGAACAGCAGCCGAAAACUUACUCUCACAGCCUAUUACUCUACUCCAAAAGGUGCUAACAACCCUUCACCCUUAUGGAAGCUUGAGAGCAUUCCCCGAGGUAUCCAAUUCAACUCUGAAAUUCAUUACAGACCUCGUCGAGAUCAAGCUUGGUAUAUCACACCCACUUGUCCAGAUCUGUGGCCAUAUCCGACAGGACAACGAAGGGCCCAGAACAGCGGAGUCUACGCUCACCCUCAUGAGUGGACUUUUCGAGGAACACCUGGGGCAGCACCACCAUGAGACAUUUCAAGCCAAUAUGGCCCUUAUAAAUCGAUACUCACAGAAUGGCGACAUCACUGCAGCAGAGAUUACAGCACGCCGACUCGUUCAAGUCAUGGAGUCCUCACCUCAGUGGCCGAUUCAAUUGCCCAAAGCCUUAAGGAAGCUAGCACACGUCCUCAAAAUCCAAGGGCGAUACGAAGAAGCGAUUGUUGUUCAACGGCGUAUAUUGAGCGAUCUAAAAAUGAUUAUUCCUGAAGACUUGCGGAUAUACACUAAGGAAGACAUUGCAGAACUCCAGAGGCUCCAAGGCAACUUACACUUGGAAAGUGAGUCUUUGCUUGAGGCUUUGUUGUGCGCACAACGGCUCUUUGGUCCGAAUCAAGCGCCUUCGCUUCACAUCUGGGAUAAGCUCAAGGUAUCAAUAUUAAGUCAAGGGCGGACUCUAGAGAGCAUACAGGUAAAUACAACGCUAGUUCAGGGCUCUUAA